GGAAAUCUGGUGUUAGUAGGUUUUUGAACGCCGCUGAGAGCAGCUGCAAAUUUUCGAUACGAUACGGAUACGGUUAGCUUCGUUGCAGCAGCACACCAACCAUCAACAUGGCGGUCUUUGGCAUGGUCUCGGCUGUGUCCGGCUUCAUCAAGAUACGCUAUCUGCUGGACAAGGCGGUCAUCGACAACAUGGUGUUCCGGUGCCACUACAGGAUCACCACGGCCAUUCUGUUCACCUGUUGCAUUAUCGUUACCGCAAACAAUCUGAUCGGCGAUCCCAUAAGUUGCAUCAACGAUGGCUCCAUACCGAUGCACGUGAUCAACACCUUCUGCUGGAUCACCUACACGUUUACGAUACCUGGCCAGCAGCAUCGGCAAAUCGGAACGGACGUGGCCUCCCCGGGUUUGGGCAAUGAAUAUGGCCAAGAGAAGCGCUACCACAGCUACUACCAAUGGGUGCCAUUCGUGCUAUUUUUCCAGGGCCUCAUGUUCUAUGUGCCCCACUGGAUUUGGAAGAACAUGGAGGACGGCAAGAUCCGCAUGAUCACCGAUGGACUGCGUGGAAUGGUCAGUGUGCCGGAUGAUUAUCGGCGGGAUCGUCAGGACAGGAUCCUCAAGUACUUCGUGAACAGUUUGAACACGCACAACGGCUACUCCUUUGCCUACUUCAUAUGCGAACUGCUUAACUUUAUCAAUGUGAUUGUGAAUAUAUUUAUGGUGGAUAAGUUUCUGGGCGGUGCUUUCAUGUCCUACGGCACGGAUGUGGUCAAGUUCUCCAAUAUGGAUCAGGACAAGCGUUUCGAUCCCAUGAUCGAGAUCUUCCCCCGGCUAACCAAGUGCACGUUCCACAAGUUUGGACCCAGUGGAUCGAUUCAGAAGCACGACACCCUCUGUGUGCUGGCAUUGAAUAUCCUUAACGAGAAGAUCUACAUUUUCCUGUGGUUCUGGUUUAUCAUCUUGGCCACCAUUUCCGGCGUGGCUGUGCUUUAUUCUCUGGUGGUUAUCAUGAUGCCCACCACACGGGAGACCAUCAUCAAGCGUUCUUAUCGCUCAGGACAACGCAAGGAAAUCGCUGGAUUGGUCAGACGUUUGGAGAUUGGUGACUUCCUGAUCUUGCACUUCCUUAGCCAGAAUCUCAGCACAAGAUCGUACAGCGAUAUGCUGCAACAGCUUUGCGGCCUCUUAGGAGCAUCCCGAACCCCAUCGGCCCCCUCGACCCUGGAAAUGAACCCCAUCAGCCAUCCGAUCUAUCCGCCAGUGGAGAGCUUCGGCGGCGGCAAGGAGACGGAGACAUGAUGAGAUAGCCAAUUCAUCCGGAUUGGCUUCCAAAAAAGCAAAAAACAAUGAUUUCAAUGAUUUCUCAAUAAUAUUUGUAGGGGGAUGAGAUGAUAUAGAGGGAGUUGUGUGUGUCAUGAGGUUAGGCAUUUCCAUUUUCUACCACUAAGACUGCGAGAGAGAGAGAACGAAUCAACGAGAACAAUUGCACUUUCGGACAUCCAACUCAGUAAUAUUCUAUGCGAAAUAUAUUUAGCAAAAUUAUAAGGAAAUAAUCUUUGAAUUCGGUCGUAGAAAAACAGGUGCAGUUCGUCAUUGACACGAGAUGUGAGCCACAGAGUGAGACAUUUGAGGGAGGAGACACAAUAAACAAUAUAAAAAGACAAAAAAAAAACAAAUAAUAAGACAAAAAUAAAAAAAGAAAUGAGGGACACAGGCAGACCGUGCAAUUUGUAGGUUGAAGAUUGAACGAGAAGAGGAUAUCCCAUCAAACGAUUUUGCUACUUGGUAUCGUAGUUAGGUCGUUGACAAUGAUGCGCCAUUUUAAAUAUACAAUUAAGUUUAACAGUUAGCUCGAUAGUUCGGUUAGUUCGGAUCAUCGAUGAUGAUCCCAUACUGAAGAAGAAUACCUAUGCAGCUAGACAUAUAUCUGCUUAUCGCUCACGCACGCUCACGAAACGUUGAUCUAUACAAAAAUUGUAGUAAUCGAAUGAUACGAGUACGACGAGGAAUAUAAUUACGAAAUAUUUAAACGAGUAUACACAAUGCUCUCGCUAUUUUUGUCCUAACAUUUAGUCUACAGAUAUAUCGUAAUUUUAAGCAAUUUUGUUUAUAACAAAAUUAUUGUGAUUAUUGCUAGAAAAGAACACAUUUUACAUAAAGCAAAAGAGAACCCAAGCUAUCUAAGUUCAAAGUUGUAAUAAAUAUUCUACAAUACAAUUUCAGCUAAA